AUGAUAGACAAAACUGACAAUACCUUGGAUUCUGCUCGAGCUACCCCAAAGCUCACAGCACCCACCCUGCGUGCUCAGCAGAAAUCCCCUUUUUCCACCUUUCCAAGACCUUUUCCCAACCAUCAGCGCUUUCUGUCAGACGUCUCUGACACGCUGCCUUCGCCAGGCGUGGCCGUUCCCAACGUCUCACAGGCGUCCCUGGGCCCUCCCUUCAUUCCAGUCAAACACCCCUCACCUGCCCUGCAGAAGGUUCUUGUUGUCCUCCGCAGCAGCGGCCGGGGAGCGGAGGUCCUCCGGACAGACCCGGCCGCGGCUGGGAGUGUCCACUUCCCGCUGGCUCCUGCAGCCAGGCCCAGAGAUCCGAGCCACGGCACCAAAACUGAGCUGCACAAUGAGGACUUUGCAAUUCAAACUGUAAAGCAGCGGCAACGGCUAGCGCUGGUCCUCGCUCCGGACACAAGUAGCAGCUGCAAUGCCAACCAGCAAUUACGACCAGCCACCAGCGGGAGCCUCAGCAUGGACGUGGCAGCCUCAGUAGAUGUUACCAUUAUGACCACGCACCCUCACAAGAUCCCCACUGGACUUAUAGGACCUAUUCUAAUUAAUGGACAACCAUCCCGGCCCCGGCUCUGGCCCCUACCCCCGCUCCUCCCAGGGCCCGCAGGGGACACAGGCACUGCGGUCACUCCCGCCGCCUCCGCUGCGGCUUCCCCGGCCCGAGCUCCUCCGCUCGGCAGCGCGGCUGCCGGCCCUGAGCCGCCGCUGUCCCAUUGCCAGGAGCGAACCCCUGGGGAUGCCCAGCCCAGGCCGCUCGAGGCACCCUCAGGGGCCGUUCCUGGCCCCGGGCCGAGCGCUGACAGCCGCGUCUCGCCGGCAGGGAAGGCGCAGCAGCCCCUCCAGGAGCAGAACCGCCUGGGGUCACUGCUGGGCCGCGGCGGCUUCGGCAGCGUCUGGGCGGCCACACGGAUCUCAGACCGUGCCCCGGUGGCCAUCAAAAGGGUGCCACGGAACCGCAUCCAGCACUGGGGCAAACUGCCCAACGGCACCAGCGCACCACUGGAGAUCGUGCUGCUGCACAAGGUCUCCACUGGCUUCCCUGGUGUCGUCCAGCUGCUGGAGUGGAUGGAGCUCCCCAAUGACAUCGUCAUCAUCAUGGAGCGCCCGGAGCGGUCUCAGGACCUCCAGCACUUCAUUCAGGCACGGGGGUUCCUGAGCGAGGAGGUGGCACGGGAGCUGUUCCGCCAGGUGCUGGAGGCCGUGCGGCACUGCACCAGCUGCGGGGUCCUGCACCGCGACAUCAAACCAGAGAACAUCCUGGUUGACCUGGCCACCGGGCAGGCCAAAUUGAUUGAUUUUGGCUGUGGCACCUACCUGCAGGACACAGCCUACACACGCUUUGCAGGAACACCAUCAUACAGCCCCCCGGAAUGGAACAACUAUGGCUGGUACUAUGGACAGCCAGCUACCGUCUGGUCCCUGGGCAUCCUGCUGCACCAGAUGGUCUGCGGGGAGCACCCUUUCAGGAGGGGCCACAGGAUCAGCUGGGACCAUCAGCUCUCGCUGCCACCACAGCUCUCUCAAGAGUGCCAAGAUGUCAUCAGGCGGUGUUUAUCCAUUCAUGAUGUGGACAGGCCUUCAGUAGAAGACCUGUUCUGUCAUCCUUGGAUGCAGGAUAUUCAUCUGCCAUAGAAGAAGGGAGAGAGCCACAGGCACACUGAUGCAGGGCUCUGGGAAGGAGAAGGAGCCCCUGGAGAAGCUGUACCAGGUGGGGCUGCUGCUACUGGAGACAGCCAGGACGACAUCAAGGAUGACAACCUCUUCCUUGACCAGGCCACCACAAAGCUGAAGCUGAUGGACUUCAAUUCUGGCACCUUCUUCAAAGCCAGGCUCCGCAGCGAAUUUGCAGAUGAGUGCACACACAGGGAGAUGCUCCCAGAUUUGGAAUGGCACAGCCUGGCUAGGAAACAAAGGUUUCUCUUUGCUGGGGUGGAUGCAUUUGAUUCUCCAGUGGGCUGCCAAGCUGCUUUUUGUCAGGGCUGGGGCCAUGGGCUGGGGUGGGUAUGAAAUGGGAGUGGGGUCCUGGCCCUGCCAACAGCCCCCACUAUCCACUGUGCCUUUUCCCUCAUUUCCCCUUUUUGUCUGUAUUAUGUUUUUGUUAAUUUGCUGUUUGUUUUUCUAAAGGAAGUGUUCUAGGUGGUGUCCAGUCUGGAUCAGGAAGUGCUUGGGACCAGCCGUGCCGUGGAUGGGCCGUGCCCUUGGAGAAGGCUGAGGACAUCGUUUGGGAGCAGCUUUUCUUCCAGCGGCAGAUGGCGUCAGCCGGGCUCUGCGGGUGCUGAGGCUGCUCUGGGCUCUGCCAGGGCUCUGCUGGAGCUCAGCCCCGGGCCAGAAUCAGCCAAAGAAGAAAUGGUGUGACCUGCAGCAGAGACUUGCUUGAGCAUUUUGGCAAUGCAGCUCAAGUUUGUAGAGUGUACAUCUCUGAGGGAAAACAUCACACCCUCCAAAAAUAAACUUGUUCAAU